CGGCGGCAGUGGACACCCGCUACGCUGCAGCUGACUUGCCUACCUCGGACGCUCUACUCGGCUGGCCCCGGGUUCCUUACGUCCUGAGUCCGUUCCAUCCGGCCCCGAGGUUCGCUUCAUACUCCGUCCAGCUCCCCAAACUCCGACCCUCGACGUCUGCAGAACGAAAUGGCCACAGUCAUGAAUGUCUCCCAGGAACUAGACCAGCAGUUCCAGUGCUACAAAUUCGAGCAGUUCGAGGACAUAGGGCUCCUUAUGGAGGAGUACUGGACAACCUCAUUCCCCAUAGCUCUGAUCUACCUGCUACUCAUCUUUGUGGGGCAAAACUACAUGAAGGCACGGAAGGGCUUCAACCUGCAGGCGCCUCUUAUCCUCUGGUCCUUCUGCCUUGCCAUCUUCAGUAUCAUGGGGGCAGUGAGGACGUGGAGCUUUAUGGGGACCGUGCUACUCAGGGUGGGCCUAAAGCAAUCUGUGUGCUACUCCUCCUUCAUCACACAUUCCACAGUCAAAUUCUGGUCCAGCUUCUUUACUUUCAGCAAGAUCAUUGAACUUGGAGACACAGCCUUCAUCAUCCUACGUAAGCGGCCACUCAUCUUUGUGCACUGGUACCACCACAGCACAGUGGUAAUAUUCACAUCCUUUGGAUACAAGAAUAAGAUGGCUGCUGGUGGCUGGUUCAUGACCAUGAACUUUGGCGUGCAUGCCGUCAUGUACACCUACUACACUCUGAAGGCUGCCAGAGUGAAUUCCCCCAGGAUGCUUUCCAUGCUCAUCACCAGCCUACAGAUCCUGCAGAUGUUUGUAGGAGCCAUGGUCAGCAUCCUGACUUACAUCUGGAGGCAUGAACAGGGAUGUGACACCACCACAAUGGAACAGUUCUUCUUGUCCUCCAUCUUGUAUUCAAGCUACUUCAUCCUCUUUGCCCACUUCUUCCGCCAAGCCUACAUCAUACCCAAAGUCAAAAACAAGACCAAGAGCCAGUGAAGAGUUGGAGAAAAAGAGAGAGACCCAGGCUCUCUCCUCCCCAGGGCAUGGAAGGGGUGAGCUUAGGUUUGGGAAAAUGAUUAGGGUGCCUUACCUGCAUAGUUUCCCCCAUGGAAUGUGUGCCCCAAGGUGAUAAGAAGUUAUGACAGACAGGAAGUAUCAUCCCUGGGAUGGGGCUAUGGUGUGCUACUUUGAUGCUUCUGUUUUUAAUGUGAAGGCCAAGCAGGCCCUGAGAUGGGGUGGGACUGUGGAGGAUCAUCAGAGCUGAGUUAUUUAUAUUUCUGUCCAGAGAUCUUUCUACUUGUUGCUCAAUUUUUUUUCUUCACUUUUUUUUCCGUUGUACUUUAAGUGAAAGUUUACAAUUCAAGUUAGUUUCUUAGACAAAAAU